CCCCGCAGUCCGCUUUAGUGUCUUCACCAUGGACAGACGCACCCCUUAUACCCUGAGUGUCCUCGCUCCUAGCGUCGAUGGUGUGGAAGAUUCUCGCUCUCAGAUUCGAGCAAAAUUAAAGGAGUUUGUGCUCGAAUUCCAGCUUGACAAUGCAUUCAUCUACCGUGACCAACUUCGCCAGAAUGUUCUGGUCAAGCAAUACUAUUGCGAUAUUGACAUCGCUCAUUUGAUCUCAUACAACGAAGAGCUAGCACACAAGCUCACCACAGAGCCUGCCGACCUCAUCCCCCUCUUUGAAUCAGCACUCCAAGAUUGUACUCGUCGCAUAGUAUACCCCUCCCAGAGAGACAUCCAACUACCCACCCAUCAGCUUCUACUCCACUCCUCUGCUACACACAUCUCAAUCCGUGACCUCAAUGCCACCAACAUUUCGCACCUUGUUCGUAUCCCUGGUAUCGUUAUUGGCGCUUCGACGAUAUCAUCCAAGGCAACAGUGAUGCACGUUCGGUGUAAAAACUGUGGCCACCACGAAGAUCUUCAGGUCGAUGGUGGUUUCUCGGGUGUUCAACUUCCCAGAAGAUGUGGCCGACAGCAGCAGCCCGGCGACCCUCAGUCGGAACCCUGCCCACUAGACCCAUACGUUGUGUCGCACGAAAAAUGUCAAUUCGUCGACCAACAGGUUCUUAAGCUCCAGGAAGCGCCUGAUCAAGUGCCUGUUGGUGAGCUUCCCAGACACGUCCUUAUCUCGGCCGACCGUUACCUGGCCAACCGCGUGGUGCCUGGUUCCCGCUGCACAGUGAUGGGUAUCUUCUCUAUCUACCAGUCCUCCAAGGGUGGCAAGAAGGAUGGCGCUGUGGCUAUCCGCAACCCGUACUUGCGGGCGGUGGGCAUUAGCAGUGAUCUGGAUCAUACCGCGAAGGGUAGCGCCAUCUUCUCUGAAGAGGAAGAGCAGGAGUUCUUGGAACUGAGCCGGCGUCCUGACUUGUAUGAGGCUCUUGCUAAAAGCAUUGCCCCGUCCAUCUACGGCAACCUGGAUAUCAAGAAGGCCAUUGUCUGCCUGCUCAUGGGUGGUUCUAAGAAGCUUCUUCCCGACGGAAUGAAACUUCGUGGUGAUAUCAACGUACUUCUCCUUGGUGACCCUGGUACGGCCAAAUCACAGUUGCUCAAGUUCACUGAGAAGGUCUCCCCCAUUGCGAUCUAUACAUCUGGUAAGGGUUCUUCGGCAGCAGGUUUGACGGCCUCGGUCCAGCGCGACCACGCUACUCGCGAAUUUUACCUGGAAGGAGGUGCCAUGGUGCUCGCAGACGGUGGUGUUGUUUGUAUCGAUGAGUUCGACAAAAUGAGAGACGAGGACCGUGUUGCUAUUCACGAAGCCAUGGAGCAGCAGACCAUUUCCAUCGCCAAGGCCGGAAUUACUACUAUUCUCAACUCUAGGACGUCUGUUUUGGCCGCAGCAAACCCUAUCUUCGGUCGCUAUGAUGACCUCAAGACUCCUGGUGAAAACAUCGACUUUCAGACGACAAUCUUGUCUCGUUUCGAUAUGAUCUUCAUUGUCCGCGAUGAUCACGAGCGCAGCCGUGAUGAAAGCAUAGCCAGACACGUUAUGGGUGUGCAUAUGGGCGGUCGGGGUGUUGAAGAGCAAGUUGAGGCUGAGAUCCCGUUGGAUAAGAUGAAGCGCUACAUCAGCUAUUGUCGCACUCGCUGUGCGCCCCGUCUCUCGGAUGAAGCUGCUGAGAAGCUGUCAUCGCACUUUGUCACCAUCAGAAAGCAAGUCCACCGUGCUGAACUUGACGCUAACACCCGCUCUUCCAUUCCCAUCACCGUUCGUCAGCUUGAAGCUAUCGUCCGUAUUACCGAAUCGUUGGCCAAGUUGAGUCUGUCGCCUGUCGCCACUGAGGCCCAUGUCGACGAAGCCAUUCGUCUCUUCUUGGCCUCUACCAUGGACGCUGUCACUCAAGGUGAGGGCCAGGGUAGCAAGGAGAUGAUGGAGGAAGCAAGCAAGAUCGAAGACGAACUGAAGCGCCGCCUACCUAUUGGAUGGAGCACCAGUCUGGCGACGCUGAGACGCGAAUUUGUCGACGGAAGGGGCUACACGGAACAAGCACUCAACCGGGCAUUGGUGGUUAUGCAACGACGAGAAACCGUUCAAAUCCGGUCCGGUGGAUCACAAGUAUACCGACACGGUGUCUAGUGUUUCUUCAUGUCUGCUUUUGAUUUCAUACCUUGCGAUAUUGUCACGAAUAAUCUUCCGAUGUUAGUCUGCUGGGAUGACUACGUAUCGAUUUGGGCUCGGGAUUAACGGGGAUGACUCGGUGUAUGGCGUACUGCUUUGUUCAUGGUGAACGACUGAUCCGUUAUUAGAUGAGCGAAUUUAACGAGAGAC